AUGUCUCUAUGGGUACAACGAACAUCAACGGGCGGAGGAACUCUUGUUCAUUACUCGACACAAACAGAUGGACAAGGAUGGUGUAUUGUUCCAAUAGGAUUUUCAUCUACUGGUAAUAUAACUGCUACUGUUUGGGCGCCACAAAACCACGUAACAGGUCCUGUUUUAUUGGUCAACACCUGGACACAUAUUGCCAUUACCUAUUCGCAAGCAAAUGGGCUUACAUUGUAUGUUAAUGGAGUAUCUGUUGGUGGUACAGCUCCACAGCCCAAUGAUGCACCAGGUACAGUGGUUAUUCUGACAUUGGGAAACUCACUAAGUGGUGAUGGAUGUAAUUCACAGUCAAUUGUAACAGGCCCAUUUUCUGGCUAUUUAGAUGAGUUUUGUGUCUACUCACGAGAACUCAGUGCCAGAGAGGUCUUUGCACUUACUAAAAAUAAAACUUGCAGUGACGGAAUUAUGAAUGGUGAUGAAACGGACAUCGAUUGUGGAGGCUCAUGUCUUACAUGUGCUGCAGGUCAAAAGUGCAUAUUGACAAAAGAUUGUGGUAGUGCUCAUUGUAUCAACGACAUCUGUGCAAGUGCAACAUGUGACGAUGCUAUACAGAACAAUGGAGAGACAGAUGUCGACUGUGGAGGUUCGAACUGUUCACCGUGUGGUACUGGGAACGCCUGUUCUGGUGCUGGUGAUUGUGCUAGUAAAAGCUGUGCUUCUGGGAUUUGUAAAAAUCCAACCUGUAGUGACGGAAUUAUGAAUGGCAAUGAAACCGACAUCGAUUGUGGAGAUGUUUCAUGUCAAUCAUUCACUUAUAGUUCAUACAAACCAUAUUCGACUGGAAAUCACCCAUGGUCAAUUAGUAUUGCUGAUAUAGAUAAUAAUAACAAGAAUGAUAUAAUUGUUCUAAAUGCACUUGAUGCAAAUUUUGGAAUCUAUUUUAAUCAAGGAAAUGGAAUAUUUCAAACACCGACAAUGUUUCAAACUGCUAGCUACCCUGUAUUUGUCGGAAGUGCUGAUUUAAAUAAUGAUAAUAAGUUAGAUUUAAUCGUAGCUCAAGCUAGUGAUAAUAGUAUUGGUUUAUUUCUUGGUCUCGGUAAUAGAAGUUUCAGCUUACCUAUGAAUAUUCCAGUUGGUCUUUAUCCAUAUGGAAUUGGUAUUGGUGAUUUCAAUAAGGAUGAUAAUCUAGACCUUGUCGUUGUUAAUGAUCAUGACAAUACUGCUAGUGUUUUAUUUGGAUAUAGUAAUGGAAGUUUUAAAAGUGCCAGCACUUUAUCAACAGGUAGUUAUGUAACAGCAGUAGCUGUUGCUGACUUUAAUAGUGAUAGUUAUGCAGAUUUUGUUACAACUGAUUAUUCUAGUAAUACAGUUAGUUUAUUUAUUAAUUAUGGUAAUGGAAGUUUUCGAAAACGUAUUGCUUAUAGAACAGGAACUUCCCCGUGGGGAAUAGCUGUUACAGAUUUCAAUCACGAUAACUACAUAGAUGUUGUUGCUGUUAAUUAUGACAGUAAUACAAUGAGUGUUUUGUUAGGGAAUGGAAAUGGAACACUUCGAUCACAAAUAUCCUAUUCAACUGGGCAAAAUCCGAUGGGUAUAGCUGUAGCUGAUUUAAAUAAUGAUACACACAUCGAUAUUGUUGUUGCUAAUAGUGGCAGUAAUUACUUAAGUAUCUUUCUUGGGUAUGGUAAUGGUAGUUUUACAACAGCUACAAGUUUACCAACAGAUUCGUCAGUAACAGCAGUGGCUAUUGCUGAUUUAAAUGGUGACGGUCGAUUAGAUAUAGCUGCAACCACUCAAAACAAUAAAACUUUAAAUAUACUUUUCAACAUAUGCUGA